UCUAACGUUGGCGUACAUCCCACAUAUGCACACAUAGUAAUGCCUGGGCUGUGGCUAGUGACUAUGCUUUCCUUUUCCUUCGGCGUUACGUAUCCAAUGGCAUCGGCAGUGUCCCAAGGUAUUAAGUCCUCAUCAAAAGUAUUAGGUUUUGGACAUGCGCUUCGUUCACUGUUCAAUGUCGCCGCUCCCCUGUCUUUGGAACAGGGCGCGCACUUUUCUCGUACUCAACAACCAAGUGAUAAGAGAAGAAAGAGACUCUCUCAGGUUUUAAGCGUCAGCUCGGCAGCCUUCACACCAUUGUCUACCGGCAGCAAAGCUGCUACAGCUGCGAUAGAUCCGGACCACUUUGAUAUUCCUCCUUUCAGACCGACUCCAGCCUCGGACGAGGACAUCGCAUGUAUUGAACAGCGGCAGUUGGGUCACCCAAUAACCUGUGCCGGCGGCCCGCGUCAAAGAUGUGCCCACGGGUUUCCUCAAGCUUUUAUCUUUCACCCAACCAAGACGACUUUUAAUUCUGGUCUUUUUCGCCUGUCCUGCCCUCUGCUCGUGAAGGCCGUGGAUGAAUUCGAGGCCCAGGUCGCCCUGUGCUUCCGAGUCGGUUCUCCGAUCCACCCGUUUCCCUCCCUUCCCUCUCUCCCUCCAGGCGGCCUCCAGGAAUUCAACAGGAAAUUGGAAAAGUCCCCCGCGAUGCAACGUGAGUUUCGGCGUGUCAAUGCCCGGCACAGCGCCAUCCGCCGCGGGCUUGUGGACCCGGAGGGCCUUCGGAGCUACGUGGAGAAGCUGGGCGAGGCCGGCGUGGAGCAGAUUUUGGCGAGUGGUAUCGCCGGCGUCAGUCCCACCAAAACGGGAGACUUGAAGUGCCUGCAUGCCCAUCUGGCGGACUACCUGUGCACACGUACGGGGGGAGGGGAAGGCAAGGGAUGGGGGAGGGGAGGGGCCAUGCUGCGUGCAAAAGAGGAUGUUGCCCUCGCAUACCGCGACAUUUCCGUUGCCUUACUUUCUGGGUACGACAACGCAAUCGGGGAGGAGGUGUACGAGCAUUUACGCACCAACCGUCAGAUCGAGGUCGAGGGAAACGCAGAGUGCUGGCAGCAAUGUAAUUUGUCGUUUGAACGCACGCCCUCGUCCUGGUGGUAUGUUCCCGUGAAAAAUAAACAAAAGCUCCGAAGUCGUUAUCACCGGCGGACCGCGCGGAGGAAGGAACAUCGAGAACGUGGGGUGGAUGAAUACGGGGAUGGGGAGGAGGAUGCGCGUCAAAAGGGAUCGAACGAGGAGCAAAGAGGGACAGCAGCUGGCUAGUCGCCAGGGACUGUGAGACUGAAUCCGAAAAAGUAUCAAACUGGUUGAAGGGGUUCA